UCCAUCUCCACGGGUGCGCCCAUGGGGUCGCGACUUGGGAUGACCCCUCUUCCACCAUCAUCGGCGGGUGAUGAGAAGAGGUCUUAGCAUAGUUUUCUUUUGUCACAUCAAAAAAAAGUCAAGAGCCCAAAAAGAAGGCCAACCGGAAUCACAAAAGCGAAUCGGUCCUUGGCCUCGAAGUCAUUGACCACUUUUGAUUUUUUUCAGCUUAGUUUUCCUUUGUCUCUGGUGUGUGUGUGUGGUGAUGACCCUGGGCUGUGUUGAUGUUUGUGCACCUUCGUGGUGUGUGGAGGAUUCUGGGUCAUGGGUGAUGUUGGGUGUUGGGUACACCUUCGUGGUGUGUUGGGAGGAUUUCUUUUGUCUUUGGUGUGGUGUGUGGUGAUGAUGGGUGGCAUUGGGUUUGGAAGGGAGCAGCAACCUCACAGUCCCUUUUCUUUUUUUCUUUUUCCCGUCGCAAAGACACCAGAAUCGGCCAUCCCCCAAAAGAAGGGAGUCAGAAAGAAUCCAAAUGGAUCAAACCCGCCCCAAAAAGAAGGGCAGUCAGAAAGAAAGAAACAUUCAUGGCCGCUUAGCUUAGCAUACUUUUUCCUUUGUCAUAUCACUUUAGCUUAGUGCUCUCUCUCAUUUGCAGCUUGCAGCAGGCCAUCCCCACAAGAAGGGAGUCAGAAAGAGUCCA